AUGGCUUCUGCUGUCGACAACGAGGUGGGUCUUGCUCGCCGCUUCUGGAUCAAGUUCCACCGAGAAUCGGUUUUCGCUAUGUACACUCCCUUCUCGCUCUCUUUGGCUUCCGGGAAUCUCAAGAUUGAAACUUUCCGCCAUUAUAUUGCCCAAGAUGUUCACUUUCUCAAGGCCUUCGCUCAUGCGUAUGAAUUGGCGGAAGAGUGUGCAGAUGAUGAUGAUGCAAAGGUUGCGAUUUCUCUGUUGAGGAAUGCUGUUCGGGAGGAGCUGAAAAUGCAUGAUUCAUUUGUGAAGGAAUGGGGUUUACAUGGUGCUAAAAAGGCCGCUAUCAAUUCUGCAGCAGCAAAGUACAUAGAUUUCUUAUUGGCAACAGCCUCUGGAAAAGUUGAAGGAGUUAAAGGCCCUGGUAAACUUGCAACCCCAUUUGAAAAAACCAAAGUUGCUGCUUACACCCUUGGUGCUAUGACUCCUUGCAUGAGACUAUAUGCCUUUCUAGGUAAGGAGUUCAAGGCACUUCUAGAUCCCAAUGAAGGCAGUCACCCAUACAAGAAGUGGAUUGACAAUUACUCUUCUGAAAGUUUUCAGGCCUCAGCUGCGCAAACCGAAGAGUUGCUCGAUAAACUAAGUGUCUCUUUGACAGGCGAGGAGCUUGACAUCAUCGAAAAGCUUUAUCACCAAGCAAUGAAACUUGAAAUAGAGUUCUUCUGUGCUCAGUCCCUUGUUCAGCCAACCAUAGUUCCUCUGAUCAAAGAACAUAACCCCGCAACAGAUCGCCUCAUGAUAUUUUCUGAUUUUGAUUUGACUUGUACAGUCGUUGAUUCAUCUGCCAUUUUGGCUGAAAUUGCAAUAGUAACAGCACCAAAAUCUGAUCAACAUCAAUCUGAAAAUCAGAUUGCUCGGAUGUCAUCAGCUGAUCUCAGGAAUACAUGGGGCCUUCUUUCCAGGCAGUACACAGAAGAGUAUGAGCAGUGCAUAGAAAGCUUUGUUCCAACUGAAAAAGUGGUGUUUGACUAUAAAAAUUUGCAUAAAGCACUUGAAAAACUUUCAGAUUUUGAGAAAAAGGCAAACAAUAGAGUUACGAAGUCUGGAGUACUCAAGGGUCUUAAUAUUGAGGAUAUAAAAAGAGCUGGUGAACGUCUCAUUCUUCAAGAUGGUUGUAUUAAUUUCUUCCAGAAAAUUGUCAAGAGUGAAAACUUGAAUGCAAAUGUUCAUGUUCUUUCAUACUGUUGGUGUGGCGAUCUCAUCAGGUCAGCCUUUUCAUCAGGGGAUUUACACGAGCUGAAUGUGCAUGCAAAUGAGUUUACCUUUGAAGAAUCCAUCUCCACAGGUGAUAUUGUUAAGAAGGUGGAGUCUCCUAUUGACAAGGAGACCUCUUUGAGAAAUGUGAUGUUGGCCUCUCAGGGUGCUGUAAACAGGGCAUCGAGGGUUUACAGGCAGCAAGGAAUCAAAACAGAGAUUUUUCAGAGUGUAUUUUCGGUGGUACCUAUGCCAUGUCCUAUUAUAAAUGCAGAUGCAGAGUUCAUGUUAAUGUUUGGAUGUUGCAACUUUCUUGACUAG